UUCUGCUGUUCGUUUUUCUCUUGAACCCGUCUGUCGUCCUUUUUUUCCAGCUUCGACAAUGGCACGAACGAAGAAGGCUGAGAAGCCCAAGGCUCCCGAAUCACCUGAUAAAAUGGAAGUUGAUCCCGAGCCAGUAAAAGGAAAACACGACCAUGGCAAUGCAGCUCAAAACAGCGAAAAAGACGGCUUUGAACCUCUCACUGAAGAAUACUAUGAAGGCAAACAUAUCACAGAAUCUGUCAAGGAGAUCAAGGAUAAAUGGAAGCUAUUGCCAGCAUUCUUGAAGGUCAAGGGUCUCGUGAAGCAGCACAUUGAUUCGUACAACUAUUUUAUCAACGUCGAUUUGCGCAAAAUUAUCAAAGCCAACGAAAAAGUUACCUCGGACGUCGAUCCCAACUUUUAUUUAAAAUAUACUGGAAUUCGCGUUGGUAGACCUGAACGUAUGGAUGCCGAUGUCGCAAACCGCAGUUACACACCUCACGAAUGCCGAUUGCGCGAUCUCACCUAUGCAGCCAAUAUUUUUGUCGACGUCGAGUAUACUCGUGGCAAACAGAUCGUCAAACGUAAAAACGUCAUGAUUGGUCGUCUUCCUAUCAUGUUGCGCUCUUCUCAUUGUGUACUGCGUGGCAGAAAUGAAGCAGAGUUAGCUCGGAUGAGAGAAUGUCCUUUGGAUCCUGGUGGAUAUUUCGUUGUCAAGGGCACAGAAAAGGUUAUUUUGGUUCAAGAACAGUUGUCAAAGAAUCGUAUUAUUGUCGAAGUUGAUAAGAAGGGAGAAGUGGUAGCUAAUGUACAGAGUUCUACCCACGAACGUAAAUCCAAAACUGCCAUCUUUGUAAAGAACGGCAAAAUUUACCUGAAACAUAACUCUAUUGCCGAGGAUAUUCCAGUAGUUAUCUUCAUGAAGGCAAUGGGUGUUCAAUCAGACCGAGAAAUUGCGCAGCUGGUAUGCGGUAACGAUCACGACCUCCACGACACAUUUUCGAUCAACGUAGAAGAGGCAUCCAAGAUGCGCGUGUUCACACAGCUCCAAGCAUUGGAGUUUAUCGGCGCUAAAGUCAAGGUGAACCGAAAACUUUCGACUGUUCGCAAGACUAUGGCUGAAGAAGCACUUGAAGUAUUGGCUACUGUCAUUUUGGCACAUGUUCCUGUGGAAAACCUCAACUUUAGAGAAAAGAGCAUCUACGCCGCUGUGAUGAUCAGACGUGUGCUUGUUGCUAUGGGUGAUGAAGUCAAUGUGGAUGAUCGUGAUUACGUUGGUAACAAACGACUUGAAUUGGCCGGUCAAUUGCUAUCUCUGCUCUUUGAAGAUUUGUUCAAGAAAUUCAACUCGGACUUGAAGCUCGCUGCUGAUAAAGUACUUAAGAAACCCAACCGAACUCAAGAAUUUGACAUUUUCAAUCAACUUGUGUUACACGGCGAUCACAUCACGACCGGCUUUGUCCGUGCUAUAUCCACUGGUAAUUGGGUGCUGAAGCGUUUCAAGAUGGACCGAGCUGGUAUUACUCAGGUCUUGUCUCGUCUUUCAUACAUUUCUGCCCUUGGUAUGAUGACCAGAAUUUCGUCCCAGUUUGAAAAGACGCGUAAGGUGUCGGGUCCCCGUUCGCUUCAACCAUCGCAGUGGGGUAUGUUGUGCCCGUCUGAUACCCCAGAAGGUGAAGCCUGUGGUCUCGUCAAGAACUUGGCUCUCAUGACCCACAUUACUACUGAUGAUGAAGAAGAACCUAUUCGAAAAAUUGCAUAUGCUCUUGGUGUAGAAGAUGUCAACUUGCUCACCGGUGCCGAGCUUUAUCAGCCUAACACUUACCUGGUGCUACUAAACGGUGUUAUUCUCGGCGUUACGCGCCGCACUCAAAAGUUCGUGGCAGACUUCCGCCGCUUCCGUCGUGCUGGUCGCGUAUCUGAAUUCGUUACGGUUUUCGUCAAUACCCAUCAGCGAACUGUCAAUCUUUCAUCCGAUGGUGGUCGUAUCUGUCGACCACUGAUCAUUGUAGAAAAGGGCAAACCCAGAGUGACUCAGCAGCAUAUCAAUGAUCUGAUAGCAGAGAAACUCACUUUCGAUGACUUCUUGAAGAAAGGUCUCGUCGAGUACCUCGAUGUUAAUGAAGAGAGCGAUGCUAAUAUCGCUUGCUAUGAACGUGAUAUUCUUCCUCAAGUGACAACUCAUCUUGAAAUCGAACCAUUUACUAUCCUUGGUGCUGUAGCCGGUCUUAUUCCUUAUCCUCAUCACAAUCAGUCGCCUCGUAACACCUAUCAAUGUGCUAUGGGUAAACAAGCUAUUGGUGCUAUUGGUUAUAAUCAAUUGAACCGUAUUGAAACUUUGAUUUACCUUAUGGUGUAUCCUCAACAACCCAUGGUCAAGAGUAAAACAAUUGAAUUGAUCGGUUAUGACAAGUUGCCUGCUGGUCAAAACGCCACUGUUGCUGUCAUGAGUUACUCUGGAUACGAUAUUGAAGAUGCUUUGGUCGUGAACAAGGCUGGUCUUGACCGUGGUUUUGGACGCUGUCAGACAAUGCGAAAGUAUGCCACGAUGAUUAAACGAUACCCGAACGGAACACACGAUCGUCUUGCCGAUCCACCACCGCGUGAUUCUGACCUAUGGAACGAUUCGUAUGAUGCUAUCGAAGCAGACGGAAUUGCGGGUGUCGGUGAACCUAUUCACGAUGCAUCCAUUUACAUCAAUAAGCAAGUACCCACCAGUGCUGGUGUUGACCCUGGUGUUGGCGGUGGCCAAGCAGUAGCAUACAAAUCCGCACCUAUGCGUUACAAAACAGCACAAACCGGCUAUGUAGACAAGGUUCUUUUUACCACAACGGAAAGUGACCAGACAUUGAUCAAGGUCAAUGUACGCCAAACCCGUCGACCGGAGUUGGGUGAUAAAUUCUCCUCUCGCCACGGACAGAAGGGUGUGUGUGGUAUCAUUGUUCAACAAGAAGACAUGCCUUUCUCGGAUCAGGGCAUCUCGCCUGAUAUUAUCAUGAAUCCUCACGGUUUCCCCUCACGUAUGACUGUCGGUAAAAUGAUUGAGCUUCUUGCUGGUAAGGCUGGUGUCAUGGCCGGUCAGCUACAGUACGGUACAGCGUUUGGCGGUAGUAAGGUCGAUGAUAUGAGCAAGAUCUUGAUCGAUCAUGGCUUCAACUACUCUGGCAAAGACUACUUGACAUCUGGUAUUACUGGCGAACCAUUAUCUGCAUACAUUUACUUUGGCCCUAUUUACUACCAAAAACUUAAGCACAUGGUUAUGGAUAAAAUGCACGCUCGUGCACGUGGUCCUCGUGCAACGCUUACACGUCAACCCACUGAAGGUCGGUCCCGUGAUGGCGGUCUGCGUCUUGGUGAGAUGGAGCGCGAUUGUUUGAUCGGCUAUGGUGCCAGUAUGCUUCUGCUUGAACGAUUGAUGAUUUCGUCGGAUAUCUUUGAAAUUCAAGUGUGCGAUCAGUGUGGUUUGAUCGGUUAUGCAGCAUGGUGUCAGUUCUGUAAGAGCAGCAAACAUGUACGCUCAAUGCAGAUCCCAUACGCUUGUAAACUGCUGUUCCAGGAGUUGAUGGCAAUGAACGUUUCGCCACGCAUGAUGUUGGAUGAUGCACUGUAAUAAUAAUCCAUGCAUAUUUCAUUCUCACUGUAAAUAAUAACAAUACUAAUAAAAAAUUCAACAAAACGUUUGCAUUCACAUCAAAGAAACAUAACAGUGGCCAUUGAUGUGAGUAUCUCAAUUAUAGCGCUGCAUGCUUCAAUGAGCAAUUUCACUGGGAGAUAAAAUAACCUGGAGAGGUUCCAGUCCGGAUGGACUCAAAGGCGUAGUCGUCGGCGUUCGUCUGUGCAACCAUCUCGCAGGAACCAAACCAGCAAUGCGGGGAUCGGAUGAAUCAAUCACAUGCUUGACCAUCAAACGGUAUUUUUUCCC